GAGCCGCACUCGCCGGGGGCAGCGGGGCGGCAUGGCGGGGCGCUGAGCGCGGGGAGCGGCCCGGCACCCGGCCCCGCCGCGGCAUGGGCGGCCUCGGGCUCGUGCGAUGAGCGCUCCUCCGGCAGUCAUCCCCCGCGCGAAUAUGGGCACAGCCGUGUCCAAAAGGAAGACGCUGAGGAACGAGGCCAUGUCGUCGGUGGCGGCCAAAGUGAGAGCGGCAAGGGCUUUUGGAGAAUACCUUUCACAAAAUCAUCCUGAAGGCAGAAAUGGCUCAGAUCACCUGUUAGCAGACUCCUACAUCGGGCAGGAGGACUCCCCCGAGAUGCAGCAGGCAGCACAGAACAAGCGCAGGCUCUCCGUCAUCUCCGAUGGCAAGUUUGAGAGGAGCUUCUCUGAGGAGCAGGCAGAGAAGAUGCCAAGUGAGGGACCGAAGCCACGAGUCUACACCAUCUCCGGCGAGAGGCCGAUGCUGUCAGACCACGAGAACGAAAGUAUGGAGCUGGUGGUGAUGAAAGGGGCUGCCCAAGAGGAAUGCCACCACGGCCACCCUGUGCACGGUGCUGGUGGCUCUCACGGUGUCAGCAGGCAUUGCAAGGGCUGGCCUGGCAGCCGGCAGGGAUCCAAGGAGUGCCCAAACUGCACCCGGCUGGCUGCUCCUUCUCAUCAUUCCUUUGACCUAGAGCCGCAUCAAUCUGGUGAGACUGGAUGGCACAGAAAAAGGCUGGAGAGGAUGUAUAGUGUCGAUCGAGUGUCUGAUGAUGUCCCCAUACGAACCUGGUUCCCAAAAGAGAACCUCUUCAGUUUUCAAACUGCUACUACAACUAUGCAAGCCAUCUCGGCAUUCAGGGGCUACGCAGAAAGGAAGAGACGGAAACGAGAGAAUGAUUCUGCAGCUGUUAUACAGAGGAAUUUUCGGAAGCACCUCCGCAUGGUGGGGAGCCGAAGGGUUAAAGCACAAACAUUUGCCGAACGGCGUGAGAGGAGCUUCAGCAGGUCCUGGAGUGACCCGACUCCCAUCAAAGCUGAUUCCUUCCAUGACUCUCGAGAAAGCCAUGACCUUCAGGAUUCCUGUGGCACUUUGGAUGGUGACUUUGACUUGAACUGGGAAGCAGAAAAGGAGCUUGAAGCCAUGGCGUGUGAUGGAGAAGACUUUAUUCCACCAAAAAUAAUGCUCAUUUCUUCCAAGGUGCCCAAAGCUGAAUACGUCCCAACAAUUAUCCGCAGGGACGAUCCCUCCAUCAUCCCCAUUCUCUAUGACCACGAACACGCCACCUUUGAAGACAUCCUAGAGGAAAUAGAGAAGAAGCUUAACAUUUAUCGGAAAGGCUGCAAAAUCUGGAAAAUGCUGAUAUUUUGCCAGGGGGGUCCAGGUCACUUAUACUUGUUAAAGAACAAAGUUGCCACUUUCGCCAAAGUGGAGAAGGAGGAAGAUAUGAUCCUCUUCUGGAAGAGGUUGAGUCGUCUGAUGAGUAAAAUCAAUCCUGAACCAAAUAUCAUUCACAUCAUGGGCUGCUAUGUUCUUGGAAACCCCAAUGGGGAGAAGCUAUUUCAGAAUCUGAAAAACUUAAUGAAUCCUUAUAGGGUUGCCUUUGAGUCUCCACUUGAACUAUCAGCUCAAGGUAAGCAAAUGAUUGAGACUUACUUUGACUUCCGCCUUUACCGCCUCUGGAAGACCCGCCAGCACUCUAAACUAUUGGAUUACGAUGACAUUUUAUGAUCUGGAGAAGACUUUGCAAGAAGUUGUUGAUCACCAGUGUCCAAGAAGUCAUGCUUAUUGCAGAGAGACUCUUUUAUUGGCACAGGGAGCCCUACAGGAGGCUGCAGUGCUAAAGGGAGGGAAGAAGGAGCCCUCGGAAGUGGAUCGGGAAGAAAGUCUCCUGGGUCAAGAGAGACUGGAGGGGAAGGGGUUUGACGCCUCGCUGGCCUCGGGUCAGAGCCGUGGUGUCUCAGGAGGAGCUGUGUGAAGUGAGGACAGGAUGGAGUUCCUUGCAGAACUGAGCUGUUUUGGGUCAGAAUGGGCCAGAUUCGAUUCCAGGUCCUUUUAAAGACUUUUAAAGCUCAGGUUUUCUUACAAAAAAUAAAAAUAAAUUACCCGUGCACUACAAUGAAGAAGUGACCAGAGCACAGAGGAAGGAAGGUUUUGUACUCAUGGGACCUUCUGUGCCUGGGGAUCUUGGAGAGCAAGGACUGCUACACCUACUCCUGCAGGCUGACAUCAAGACGAUCCAGUGUCAAUGUGAAUAUACUGGAAUAUAGAAUUGAAGUCUAACUUUUUUUGGUUUUGUUUAAUAGAAAAUAAGUGCAAUUUUUAUAGAGAGGAGGGAGAAACCCCUCCUGGUAUUUAAUUAGUUAAAAAUAACACACCAGUAACCAAUAGAUGAGGUAUUUUUGGUCUGCUUGAAAAUAUAUUCAGAAUGGUAAUAUAUCUUCUGUAGACAUAUUUAAUCACCAGCAAACAUGGUUUUAACGUAACCUAGCAGACCCUGCAUGUCUGCUGCAUUGAUUAAUCCGGUUUGGUUCAUCACUUUCAGAGUAGCUGUGUUGCACAAAUUGUAUGUGCUCUCACGAAUGUAUAUUUCUCCUCCAGUUAGACACAACUUUGUUACUUUCUAUUUUGCUGCUUGCAAAACUAUGUGACUUUAGUUUUGCUGAAAUAUUUUAGGUUAGAAAUACGGUACUUGGCUGGGAAGCCUCGGCCAGGUUCACUAUGAUAUAAAAAUGAAGUAGAAAUUAAUAGCCAUGGUAAUUGUUCACGCCAGUAUUUUGCAACGUGUUGAGAGAUGGGCUUGUUGGGGCUGCUGUGUUGAGCAGUGAGGGUUCAGGCCAUCAGACACCCUCCCAGGAGGUUGGGAAGAAAUGCUUCCUGAAGAGUUCAGCACGGGUUUGUAGCAUGAGAUUGAAUCUUCCCUGUGUUCACUUGAUUGCGAGUUGUUUGGGUGUAGAUCUCCUCUUUUCAGUGCUAAAAAGACCUUUUUGUUGGGCAGAGCUGCUCACAUCCCUUCCUGUGCAGGGCAAAGCAAACGCAGGGUUUUGUUGCUGUGGUUUGAGAGCCCAGAUUUGUACUUGACAUUUGAGGGAUCUAUUUUGGAAUAGAUUUCCUUUGUGUUCCUUUAGCACAGGGACUGAUUUUUGUUUUGGGAGGGGUUUGGUUUGGUUUUCUCCAUCUGCAGCUCUCCAGAGGACAACUCAAUACCACUUGCAGUCCGUGCAGGUCACCGGCUCUCCUGGGAGGGGAUACACUCCAUUUCUUACAUAAGUAAAAUGUACUGGAGGUGAACAGGGAGGAUUAGGGAUUGUUUUCCAGGUUAGGAUUGUUUUCCUGAUUUCCUGGGACCUAAAUUAUCAGAUUGUGACGCGAUGGCAAAUAUGUGUACAGACGUUGCUUUAAAUACUUGCAAAAAGCAGUAGUUGUUCUGAUCUGUAGAGUAGUCCUUCCCUCUGUGAUGUGUGUGGUGUAAUCCUGGGGGCAGGCUGCUGGCUGGAACUGCUGAACCCUGUACAUUUAGAGCAGUUUCGUAGCAAAGCUUUUGAAGAAAGAAUGUACAUAUGGUGUGUAAAGGGAGGAAUGGUUGGAGAGAGGGAGAGGUUGGAGCCGUGAAGGCAGCGCAUUGAACCAAACAGCUCCCAGCUGCUUCUCUGCCUGCUGGGCUCCAGCCCCUGAGCUGGCUGGGUUUCCAGACCUGCAGUGAAGGGGACAGGCUGUGACUUUUGGCAGAAAAUGCCAGAUCUAAACCCCAAACCCACAUGGAUACCAAUUGUCUGUUCCUUAGCGUGGCAGCCUCCACCAGCUGUGCUUGUGAGAGGUGGGAGCCACAGGUUCAGAAAGCAAAAUCACGUGUUAUUUAGAGCGUGGUCGUGGCAGGAUUAAAAUGCUGAUACAAAAUUC